CAGGCGCCCAGCGCCAGGUGCCCGUGGACGCUGAGGAAAUCAGUGCCAGUGGACGCUGACGCCGGGCAUUGUGAAGGCAAUGUCUGCCGACUCUACCGUCUCCUUGGGCGGCUCUUCCGUGGGCGGCUCGAGCCAGUACUUUGACGCGCAGUCCCUCGCCAACACCAGCGAGUCACUGCGCGACGCCUCCCUCUCCGCCUUCUCCUCGACUGUCCCGCCUGCGCUGCCGGAAGACGAGCCGUUCUCAGUCGCCGACCCGCCGGACCUGAUGGACGACGUGGACAUAGCCUCGCCGCCGCCCUCUGCAGCGCUGCCGAGUCAAGGAGCGCCAUCCGUGCUGGCGGUUCCCGAGGCCGACUUUGGCGCCUCCUUUCAGGACCUGGACAUCUCGGCGCCGCCUCAGUCUGCCGGCCAGCCCGCGCCGCGCUUCGAGUCGAAGGCGGUCGAGCCUGCCGUCGGCGGCGCGGCCAGCGGCUCGACAUCCUCAUCGACCGACCUGCACGUCGUCGUCGCGAACCCCGCCAAGCAGGGGGACGGCAUGUCCGCCUUCUUCACCUACGAGGUCAUGACAAAGACGUCUCUGCCGCAGUACGCCUACGGCCAGUUCUCCGUCACGCGCCGCUUCCGCGACUUUGACUGGCUCCACAGCCAGCUGGUCUCCAAGUACCCGGGCACGAUCGUGCCGCCCCUGCCGGAGAAGCACGCCGCGCAGGUGUCGACCAUGCGCGUCUCCGGCGUCGGCUGCUCCUCCGAGUGGGUCGAGGUUCGGCGCGCGCAGCUGCAGCGCUUCCUCCAGCGGGUCGCCGCCCACCCGCAGCUGCACUCGGUCUCGGACCUGCAGACUUUCCUCGAGGCGUCCGACGACACGCUCGAGGCGUGGAAGCAGUCGUCGCAGCAGGCGGCAAAAGCGUCGCCGUACUACAGCUCUGUCCUCACAGACGUCAAGUCCGGCCUCCUCUCGACGUACUCGCGCGCGGCGACCAUGCUCUCUGCGGAGCCGCUGCCUUCCUUCCGGCCACAGGAGGACAUGGCGUGCGCGCAGAUGUCGAACUACGCCGACGCGAUGGAGACACAGGUGGCGGCGGUGCACCGACACUCGAAGCGCUUCAUCGAGCGCCACCGCGCGCUCGCCAGCUCGAUGUCUGGGUUCGGGCUCUCCCUGACGCAGCUUGCAAACUGCGAGGCGGACAUCAACCCGUCGCUGGCGCGCGCCCUCUCCUCGAUGGGCAUGUCCGUCGACCGCAUGUCCAACUUGUACGACGAGCAGGGCGCGCGCGAGGGGGCCGCCUUCGAGGAGCCGCUGCGCGACUACAUCAAGAUGAUCGGCGCAGCGAAAGGGGCCAUCGGAGCGCGCGCGGCCGCGCUCUCCUCCCUCAACGGCGCCGCACGCUCGCUCACCGCCAAGCGUGAGAAGCUCGACAAGCUCAAAGGGCGAUCCUCUAAGGAGGAGGCGGCGGCGCUGACGGCGCGCGAAGUGCGGGAGGCCGAGUCGCUCCACUCGAUUGCGAAGCAGGAGUACGAGCAGGUCGCCGCGCGCGUCGACGGCGAGAUGGCUCGUUUUCAGCGCGAGAAGCUCGCCGACUUCAAGGCGAUGCUCGUUGGCUUCGUGACGCUGCAGCUCGAGUACUCCAAGAGGAUGCAGUCCGCGUGGCGCGACUUGCUGCCGCACCUCGAGGGCAUCUCGGACGGGCCUCCUCCGUCGGCGGGCGGCUCGGGCGGCACCUGACGAUGAGCGCCAGCCACUUUCAGCAUUAGCCACCGAUGUGUAGCGAGUAUGAACACACCUCCUGCGUCCUCGCCGUAAUUUUGGGCCCGGGGGCAAUGAGGAAGAUAGUAGAGGAGAGGCCCGGUGUCUCCUCACUCUUGUGACUUGUCGGUUUUGAGCGAGGGGGGCGUCGGCGUGCUGUGUCGCCCUCAAGCUGUCAAGCCAAAAUAAACGAUAAUACCGA